AUGUCGACCCCCGCGAGAACGUUCAACAACCUGCGCAAGAUUGGCAUCAAGGCACGUAACUACUUUGAAUACUUCCGCCAGAUGCUGUACAUCGGCGACACCAAGCACGGUCGUCUCAUAGGCGAGGACAAGGCUGGCAACAAGUUUUACGAGAACAACGAAGAACUCCCCCUGCGUACGCGAUGGGUGGACUUUAAGAAGCACGACUACGACUCGGCUCAGGUCGAGCCUGGCUGGCACGCGUGGUUGGCCUACAUGGUCGACAAGGCGCCUACCGAGGACGCCCUUCUUCAGACCAAGACCCGGAAGUGGGAGGUCCCGCAUGUUCUCCCCAACUUCACUGCGACACCAGGCGCCUACAAGCCAUACAGCACGACGAAGUCAAAGAUUCGCGCUUGGGAGCCCAAGGCCGUCGAGAGGCAAUGA